ACCAGAGCAUGUUCGAGCCGUCAGAUUCAUUACACACAAUUAUCAAAGGGGCUUCGCGAAAAUGUAAUGUCAAAUGUACAAGUGGCAGUGAUGUUGUCGGGAAAUAGUUACAGUAACUGGUUGUAAAUUUUGCAUUGUUCGGAAGUGACUGUUGGGUGCAUUGUUAACGUACAAUCGCAAUUGCGGCGUAGAUUAUAAACCCUGUCUGCUACAGUUGUAGAGUGGGAGGGUUCAGGAAGGGGGGAAAUCGCUUCCAGGUUCAGCUUCUGACACACAGAAGACUAACCUGUUGUACUCAAGCAUAGGAGGUGGACAGAUGGAAUGGUGAUUUAGCGAUCUUUACACAAGCCGUUUUACGAGGGACGUACGUUGAUUUCAGAAGUUUUCCUCAAUUUCUUUACCAUAUUCGAAAAUCGUAAAUUUCAUGACAUUGUGUUUAGAGAGAGCACAACAGGAGUUUUAUAAAUGAGAAAGGCUAUGAAAUUAUCCAACCAGUAUUGUAGUAGCAAUAAGCAAAAAAGCGAAAACGAGGACAGCAUCCAUUAUUCCGACGGUAGCGACAGCAUCAGCUCGGCAGAGGAGUGCAUUGCAACCAGAAAAGGGAACAAAAAAUCUACCAAUAAAAAGUGCCGGAUCGGAAAUUCGGAGGACGGGGAGUUGGAUUUAAAUCAAACUGAUUUUGUAUUCGAAUCCCAACCGAGACAAAGGCUGGCGGCCAAUGCACGAGAGCGGGAUCGAACCCAUAGCGUCAACACGGCUUUCGUGACGCUUCGGACUUUGAUCCCGACUGAGCCAGCUGACCGGAAGUUGUCCAAAAUAGAAACUUUGAGAUUAGCAACGAGUUACAUAGCUCACCUGAACACUGUAUUGAUGGUGGGGUCGGAGUGUAUUGACCAGCCGUGUGUGAAACAUCAGGCUAUGUUGCGCGGAGGACUGGACAAUAUACCGAAACCGGUGUGUACCUUUUGUCUCAGCGCGUCCCGGACUCGCACGAUGAAGCCCGAGAGCUGUAUGUACAAAGAUGUCCGGCCUGGAAUGCAGGUCCGCAGAUGACGAUGUGAAAACAUUCAAGGGAUACUAUAAUAUGCAAACAGACUCGGGAGCCAGAUUUUAGGGUUCCGGAUAUCUUACACCACGACGUUGUGAACUUGUCUAUCCAUCUGAACAAGCUUAAGAUUAUUAAUAUUUGCCGAAGUAAAAUAGAAACACGUAUUUGGACACUUUGACAUUGAUCGUCUUUUAUCACGCAGUAUUUCGUUUCGAAUCAUUGUCACUGUUAGAUCAACAAUUAAGAUGGCAAUUUGUAAAAACAAAACAAGAACUGUAUGAUAUAUAAUCACAGUCGUCAUCAAUACGUCAUACCUCGGUUCUACGGGGUUUAUAGUAACAAGUUCAACUAAAGCAAAUAAAAUCAUGUUUUUCAACUUAACAGUGUUCAGCGAAACGUAUCUAUAUAUAUUAUUUAUGUGCCAACGUGAUUGCUCUUAGAAAUUUACGUCUAAGUUUGCAUAUGUUCCAUUAAUAAAAUGUACAUUUUGUAUAUCAGAGACUUGAUGCGAAUCUCAUUUCCGUCUCAAUUUUUUAUGCAGUAAAAACUACAAAUACAAUCAUGACAUUCAGAUCAAUAAACGUAUACUUUAAAAUAGCUGUAAUCAGCCCAAUCCAAUUUCACAUUAGAAGAGGGUUUUUUUCAUAUUUCGGUUAACAAGAGCCAAUCAGCCAUUGGGAUUCUACCAACACCAGAAUGAUAAAUGAUUUCGUAGAUGUCAGGACGGCAGACACGGGGAAACAUUGGUAGGGCGGCACCUUGUAAUCUGCAUCAAUUUGUAGUUAUAUAUACAUAAUUCAAAAUCUGAUUUGUGCUCUGUUUCGAGUUCUGUAAUUGACUAAUAGUAGCACACGUGACCCAAAAAACAGCUGUUAUUGUUAGUAUGAACGACUGUUUUGUUUUCCAUUAAACUACUUUAAAGAACUUUCAAAUCCAAAAUUUUCAAUAGAUCAUUGUCGAUCAUGUGAAUUGUCUCCCCUUGCACAAACCAAACUCGCCGAGAAAGAAAUGCUUGAUCUACAGUUUAUCAUUAUUUCUUUGUAUCGUUAUAUUUGUGGUAAUGUUAAAUUAUCAUCAUUAUAUAACAAGUUUUGCAAAAAUGAGUUUUUACUAGACCUCAUUAUUUUCACGUUAAUUUUUAAACAUGCAUACUUGCAUAAACAUUGGAAAAAUCCCUAUUUCAUACCUCUAUGAACUGUACAAAAUACAAAAGGCUGAUGUAACAUUAAACUGUUAAACAUCACAAAGACUACUAAAGUAUGUAUAUCUGUCAUAAAUUAACUCAUUCAACCCUGAAGACACAUUUAACUCUUCCAAUUCAAUGGUUGGAAUAGUUCAUUAUGAAAUACCAGGAUUGAAUGAGUUAAGUACAUCGCGGAGACGGCUUUUAGUUGUGUGUAAAUGAUGCCUUCUUUGACGUUUUAUUACUUAGAAGUAUAAUCCGACAUUCUAGUUUGCACUCUGAUUGAAAAAAUGAAGUAUGUCAUAUCUAAAUGAAUACUGAUAGUGUCACAGAUCAGGUUCCUUAAUACAAACAACUUCAACAAACGUUUUAACGCAUAAUGUUACAAGCCCGGACCAUGCUGUUCAUGUACAUGUCAAUAUGCCGAUUGUCUUUUAUAACAAGUUAAGAUCAUAAUUCAUUUAUAUUAUUUGAUUUUGAUUUUCAUUAAUCGAGGUCCAGGGAGUUUGACAAGGAUUUGAAGAAAUGCUUAACCCUAUGGCCGAAAUUGCACGUACAUGUAAUAAUCGCUGUUUUGUGAAUAAAUUUUGUAUGGGAACAUCACGCCAAUAAAAACAAAUCUUGUGUUUGCGCUAGCCCUACUUACCCUAGAAACUGUGCCUACCCUAAAGUUUGUAUUGACAUAUAGUGAUAUGCACUGUUAGCAUAACAGACAUAUUUUCCAAAACAAGAAAAAAUACCUAUCUACCCAAUUUUGGAUGAUAGCGGAAACAUACUUAAUUUUCUUUGGCCUUGGAACAUUUGUCUUUGGCAUGCAUUGGCAGCACAAUCGAAUUGCUAAUUAAUUCUGACGUCAACAGGGGUGAUGCUUUACAUGUGAUUUAUCAGAAAUCAUAUGACUCUUACAUUUCAUACCGACUUAAGGAAAUGAUGUAUUUUGCCAUCAGUACAUGUGCUCGUUGACUUAAUCUAUGGAGUUAAACUUAUCAAGAGUCGUACAAUAAAUACCUUAAUGUAACAACCAAAUUGUAUUGUCUUGGAAUUGUUGUUUUAAGAAUAUUUGUAGUUUACAAGAUGUAAACCAGAAUUGAGAAAUUCUAUCACAGGUGUUGACAUCCUCGAUAUCCAGGGGUUACAAUCACUUUCGCUCUCUGCACCCCUGGAAUAUGUCAUAGCAAAAUUGAAGGCUCAGUGUGCAUCACCGUGUUGAUGGGACAAGAAGACUUGUUCGAUUCUUUGAAGUACAUCAAAAGAAUCUUUCGGUCGCGUAACGAUACAAAUUGAUUGACUUUGAAGUCGGGUGUCGCUCACCUGUAAUCUUCAAAGGACAGGUAUCAGCCGAGCAAUUUUGGCCAGGUUUGUUUUAUCUGAGACCCAUAAAACAGCUAUCUUUGAGCCUUCAGCUUUGCUAUGACAUAUUCCAGGGGUGCAGAUAUAUCAAGGAUGAGAUGCUGUACGAUAUAGUUAUUCAUCUAAGUAUUAAAUAUACAAUACUCAUUUUCUGUUUCAUUAACGGUUGUACUUCAAUUUGCAUUAUAUACACGUAACACCUAUUUGAACAUUGAUGUACUAGAUUAAUUUGAAAUAAUAACUGCAUAUCCUUUUAUCUCUUUGUUAAAAUAAAUGGAGCAUUAUUAUGAUAUAAGG